UCACACGGCUAGGAUUAGCUUUCCGAUACAUAAAUAAAAACCAGGGCAUGCCGCCUCAUAGUAAUAAGCCUUCGAGGAGAAGAGAGGGAGCCGUCUUCAGACAUCUCGUGCCACAACAAUGGGGGCUUACAAGUAUGUUUCGGAGCUAUGGUAGUUUCAUAAUCUUCAUCAAUCAAAGAGCAUCACAUGAUGAACACUUCACAAAUCAAGUAGAAAAAAAAGGGAAAAAAAACUCACCUGGGAAUGCAUAGCCUCCACGGAGUAAAUUCUCAAACCCUAAACCAGUGCCUUUACAUAUUCUCUUAUAACCCCCCAAAAAAAUGGAUGAAGGAAUGCAGCAAUUCCAACAAAGCAUAAUCGAGCUUGAAAACGAAGCCGAGCAUCUCCUAUUAGCUCGAAAUCAGGUGAUUGAAAAUGAUAAAGAGAGGAACGGAAACAGAGAAGCAUUGACAGCUUUAAGGAAGAGAGCCAAGACUACAAAAACGAGCAUAAAGUUUCCUUUUGAGUCGAUAAUGAAGGAUAUUGGGAAGCCGGGAUCAAGGACUGCUCCUUUAGUGAAAGAAAUUUGUGGGACUUGUGGUAAUCAUGACGAGAAAGAGAAAACUUGGAUGAUGUUUCCAGGAAGUGAUGUUUUUGCUUGCAUUCCAUUUCAUGCUGCUCACACUAUCUUGGAUAAAGAUCAAGAACGGCUUGAAUAUGAAGCAAAAAAACUGCAAAGCUAUGUAAAGGAAAAGACCCUUCUAAUUUCAGAAAAAGGUGUGCUUGCUGACAUGAUUAGCCCGGGUGUGCUUAGGUCCUUAGUAACCUUAACAGACAAACCAAAGUAAACUAGGCUUGUAAACUUAACCUUACCUGUUCAAUAAUGGUUUUGCAAAUGCUGUGUGUUAGCUCUCUCGUUUAUCUUUCCAUGUUCAGUUUCAACUCGGACAAGGAUUGAGCUUAAUUUCAAAUUAUGUGCCAUUAUUUGGAGUGUUCA